GAGGCAGAAAUAAAGAAAGAGAAGAGAGGGCUUCAUUCCAUAAAACAGAAAGCACCCAAAAAGCCGGAAAACAAGAAAAAGAAAAUGAAAGAGAAAACCGUAAGAAAUAGUUUGCCUCCGAUUUAGAAACAUUGCAUUUCGAGAUCUCAAUUCUUCAAUCCCCGAAAGGAAUUGUUUGUUCUUUGUCAUGGCGAAUUCCAAGGGAUCAACAAACAUAAGAGAUUCGAUAUAUGCUGGAAAGCAUGCUUUACUUCCUCCAAAAUGUCCCUUCCCUACAGUCUCCCAACCAUUUACUGAUUAUGUCUCCAACAAUGUAAUUGGAUUGGUUCAAAAUCCUAGAGAGGGAAAUACACACCACAUGCGCACUUCUUCUGAAAGCUUUCUGAUAGAGGAUCAACCCUCUUGGCUUGAUGAUCUCCUUAAUGAGCCAGAUAUUACUCCUAUGCGCAGAGGAGGUCAUCGACGUUCAUCGAGUGACUCUUUUGCAUACAUUGAUGUAUCUAAUGCUCGUAACCUUGAUUAUGCAGCGCAAGAGGAGUACAGAUAUAAAAAUAUGAUUUCUGCACCUUCUUGGGCAUCUCUGGAAUUUGAUUAUCACAGUAAAACAGAUGCUCAGCUUGCUGCUUUUUACAAUGAUGUGAACUUAGUAAAACAAAAGAACAGGCCAUGGGAUUCAUCUUUGAAUGCUGUGACUCAUUCAAGUGGGCUUCCUUCUCGUAGAGAAAAUUCCAUUCUUCAGGGUUCGGGAUCAUCAUGUGCUUUAAAAGAAGUAGAGAGUGCUCCAUCAACAGCAAGUGAAAAACAAGAUUCUGCUGAAUCUUCCUCUCUUGAGGCAAAAGUUUAUUCUGAGAAAAAAGAUAAUUCUUAUGCUAAGUCUUCGUCAUCUGACAGUGAUACAAAACGUGCAAAGCAGCAGUUUGCUCAACGCUCAAGGGUGCGUAAACUUCAGUACAUAGCUGAGCUGGAAAGAAAUGUUCAGGCUUUGCAGGCAGAAGGAUCUGAAGUUUCAGCUGAGCUUGAAUUCCUCAACCAGCAGAAUCUUAUUCUUAACAUGGAGAACAAAGCUCUUAAACAGCGUUUAGAGAGUUUAGCCCAGGAGCAGCUUAUCAAACAUCUUGAGCAUGAAGUAUUGGAGAGGGAGAUUGGUAGGCUUCGAGUCUUGUACCAGCAGCAGCAGCAGCAGCAGCAACAACAUCAAAAGCAGAAGCCAUCAUCAUCAUCAUCAUCUAGCCAUCGGCCCUCCAGCAGUAGAGAUCUUGAUUCCCAAUUUGCGAACCUCUCUCUGAAACACAAGGAUGCCAAUUCAGGCUAAAGCAAAGUUCAUCCACUCUCUGAUUGAUCCUCUCUUUAUUUCUCAGUCAGCUCUUAACCCUUUUUUACCCUCUUUUAUUAUCUUCAUGUGCAGCACCUGGUCAUAAUUGCCAGAGAAUUGUCUUUCUUUUUCAGAUAUACGAUGCACCUGAGAUGGUAAACGUAAGAGCAGGUUCCAUGUUUCACUUUUACUCCCUCAAGUAUCUUGUCUGUUCAUGAUUGAUUUAGAUUUUUUUUUUAUGUGCUUCAUCCAUUUUCCCUUCAUUUCUGAGUAUCUACGUUAGUUUCAGAGAUCUUUAGGAUGUU